AUGCGCCUGGUCUCCGCGGCCGAGGAUGACCGCUUGGACGAGGAGAAUGGGAAUCUGUCCCAACCUGGACUAACAAGGGCACAAAGUGCCUUUUCUGCGGCCUCUUUUACUCCCGCUUUUACAGGAGAGACUGUGUCCUUGGUUGAUGUGGACAUCUCUCAGAGAGGCAGGAACUCCCCUCACCCUCCCACUCCUCCACCUCCCCCUCGGCGGAGCCUCAGUCUUCUAGACGAUAUAGGUGGGCCGCAGCCUGGGCCUUUCCUAGUGAGUGUAAUGGGGGCCUCCCUGCAGUCUCUCCCUCUGCCUCUUCCUCCUCCUCCCCCUCUCCACGCCACCAUCCAGCAUAGUCUCAGCCUCAAUGAUGCUUUCUUCCGGGCACUUCCACAUUUGGUCCCAUCACCAAUGGAGACUCCGGCCCCGGCUAGAGUGGCCCCGCCCCCAAUCAUGUGUCCACUGAGAGGAGCCGAUUCCAGCAGCUUCACUGCCAGCCUGAGAGAGCUGGAGCGGUGUGGCUGGUAUUGGGGACCGAUGAACUGGGAGGAUGCUGAAAUGAAGCUGAGAGGAAAGCCAGAUGGCUCGUUUUUGGUGCGGGACAGUUCAGACCCACGAUACAUCCUCAGCCUCAGCUUUCGCUCACAAGGAGUCACACAUCACACACGUAUGGAGCACUACAGAGGAACCUUCAGUUUAUGGUGCCACCCUAAAUUUGAAGACCGCUGCCAUUCUGUGGUGGAAUUCAUUGAGCGAGCCAUCAUGCACUCGAAAAAUGGGAAAUUCCUCUACUUCCUGCGUUCACGUGUACCUGGGUUGCCCCCGACCCCUGUGCAGCUGCUCUACCCGGUCUCACGCUUCAGCAAUGUGAAAUCACUCCAGCAUCUGUGCCGUUUCUGCAUCCGACAACUCGUCCGCAUAGACCACAUCCAGGAGCUGCCCCUCCCCAAACCGCUCAUUGUCUACUUGAGGAAGUUCUAUUACUAUGAUCCAGAGGAAGAGAUGUACCUGUCAAUCAAAGGCAUGCGCCAGGCAGCAGGUGUGGAACAGGAAGCCGAGUCUGAAACAUAGCCAGAUCGCUCCUUUUCACUGAUUUCUGUGUGUGGAUAAUAGAUGGAACAGCGCAUGGACACUUCCUGGUGCACAGCUCUGCUCCAACUCCCUGCCAGUCUUCCAGCAGAAGCCAAUGAACAUCAGCCGACUGGCCCCUCCUCUUUGACCGAGGAAGUACAGAGGAGUGCUGGAAUACUGUCUAUGUUGAGCAGGCAAAUAAAUCCAGAGACUGACAUGAUAGACAAAAGACUUGAAGGGUCACUGGACAGCAAACAGUGGACUUAAAAAAAGAAUUAAGUUAAACGAAAAAAACGACCAAGGACAUUUGACUUGGGGUACUAGCAAAAGCUUUCAUCUGUAGGUUAUAUUACACUGGAGUUUUUCAACUGGCCAGUUUUUGAAUUCGUCUCUGUUUGGUUCUUUCUUUCCUCAUCAGGCCCCCUGACCCCUGGGUGGAGUGUGUGACCCCUUUAUUUGUCCUUUCCCUGAUUGUAACUCCUUCCGUCUGAUCAGGCCACAUGAACUGUAUUUUGAGUAAAAUACAAAGUAAACUUGAAAAUAAGUGGUGGUAUAUUUGAUUACUUUUUCACAUUA